AUGUUGAGCACUUGGGUGAACUGGCUAUGUGUCAGUUCUUUGGCAUACGCACUUCCCGUCGCCGAUCGCUCUGAUGUCAAAUUCUCGCGCCUGAUUGUUUUUGGCGAUAGUUUCAGCGACAAUGGAAAUGGUUCGUGGGUAGCCAGCAAGGGAUCCUGGCCGGCAGACCCGGCCUAUUACGGCCAUUCAUUCUCGAAUGGACCUAAAUGGAAUGAUGUAGUGGCGAAGGAUCUUGACCUCAAGCUUAUCAAUCUUGCAGCUGGUGGAGCGACGGCCAACAACGAUUUCGUCGCUGGAGGCACAGGCGCUGACUCGACUAUCGCUGUUCCAUCGGCUGCAGACCAGGUCUCUUCAUUCUUGACCCGGGAUAAGCCUCAGCUUGGAGACAUCUUCGUCCACUGGAUCGGCGCCAAUGAUAUCCUCUUCAAUACCAGCAUUACAGGCGGACAGGUCACUAGCUUGGUCAAUGAGAACGUCAAUCGGUUAUAUCAAGCCGGCGCAAAGAAUAUCAUUCUGGCAAACUACCUCAAGAUCACAUCCUUCCCGGCAACAUACAACUCUUCUGAUUACAACAUCCCUAGUGUAGAAGUCUACAACACCGAUCUGACCCAGGGAUUGAAGAACAUCGCUGCUGCAUAUUCAGCAUAUGCGAAGACUGCCGUGGUAGACGUAGGAGGUUUAUUCCAGGCCAUCACCUCCAACCCGCAAGCCUAUGGUAUCAAGAAGCAAUAUGUGAACCCGCCUACAGCUUGUCUCACAGGUGUCUACACGAGCGAGGGUGUCCCAAGGCACUUGUGCAGUGACCCUGAGAAACACAUAUUCUUUGACUCAUAUCAUCCUGUAAAGGAGGUUCACGCGCUCAUCGCAGGUCUGUUUGAGAGAGCGAUUCACGAUUUGGCUUAA